CCGGAACUUCCAUGUUUAUUGUGGGGUGGUAUGCAGGCAAGUACAGGCAGACAAAACGCAGAUAAGUUACCGGCUAGCAGAGGUGAAAGCAGGGGAGUGAGUCCAAAGAGGGAACACAGUUCACAGGGGAGCAGGCAAAAGGGCCAGUUGUCUUGUUAUUAUAACUUGCUGCAGUGUUUUCAACCUUGGAUAAAAUAUACAGAUUUUUAUGGGUUAUCAGGACUGUUGGAGAACACAUGAAUCCAAGACCUCAUAGGUUGUUUUUUUUUUUUUUAAAUAAAUGACACUGGUUUCCCACAAUGUUUACUGACUGUAAGAGAAGAGGCCCCACAGUUCAAGUUUUACUUCCUAAAGUUUACUCCAUUCUUGGGCAACAAGUCAGUAGCAGGUCUGGUUGUAUUUAAAAAAUCCUGAUCUGUUUCACUAUAUUAAACCAACAACAGAGAUUGUAAUUUCUGCUGUUUUUAUCUCCCUCCACAUUCUUCUCUCAUCAGUCAUUGACAACUGAUGACUGAAGAGAUAUACAACAUGGUCCAGUUGCACCUGCACUCAGGCUUACACCUUGUUGACAAUAUUCAACUUAAUACUGUAUCAGCAACACUGGCUGAAAUGGACAACUGACCCUGCUGUUUCCUCCAGAAUGUCAGGCACAGCUGACUCCCUCACAUCCAAAGAGACACAGGACGCUCCUGGUUAUGAUGUGUCCUCACCAGCACCAUCGUACUCCUACCAAGGGCAGCAACCUCCACCCUACUCUGCUACCCCGGCAACGUACCCUCCACCCAAAGUCGACACAACUUACACCUGUCAGCCUACCAGUGGGUACGAGUCUUUCCGCGACAUAUGCCCGGAGGCCCCGGAGGACACAACUCCACUUAUAGCCUCAUCUUCUUUUGAUGACAAGACAGUGAGAAGAGGGUUUGUUAAAAAGGUGUUCAGCAUCCUGACUCUCCAGCUGCUGUUCACCUUCAGUGUGGUGUGCGUGUUCACCUUCUCCAGUGUGGUCAAAGAGGCGGUGCAGGCCAACCUGUGGGCCUACCUCAGCUCCUUCAUCAUUUUCUUCGUGGUUGCCACCGCCCUCAACUGCUGCAAGUCCUUCAGUCGGCGUCACCCCUGGAACAUCGUGGGACUGGUUGUGGUCACCCUGAGCUUGUCCUACAUGGUGGGAACCGUUGCAUCCUUCCACAACACCACUGCUGUUGUCAUCACUAUGGGAGCAACGCUGGCCAUUUCUGUCGCAAUCAUCGCUUUCUCUGCACAGACUCGUUAUGAUUUCACUAUUUGUUACGGUGUUCUGCUGAUUCUGGCUGUGGACAUAAUCAUGUUUGGGUUCUUCUGCACCUUCUACUACUCCUACAUCACUGAUGUCGCCUAUGGAUGUCUGGGUGCUCUGCUAUAUUCACUGUUCCUGAUGAUCGACUGUCAGCUGCUGAUGGGGAUGAUGAGCUACCGUCUGGAUCCAGAGGAAUACAUCAACGCUGCUCUCAUGAUCUACCUGGACAUAGUCCUCAUCUUCCUCUACCUGCUGGGGAGGAAGUGAAUCUUCAUACACAAAACACACAGACGGACAUCCAAAACUGUAACCACAAUGAAAAUGUCCUUUAUUAUUAUUAUUUUAAUGUAUAUAUUGUAACUGCAUCCUGUUUUUAGUGACACUGAAUGAAUGAUUUUCAGUGUUUUUACAGAAUCUUGUCUUUGUCUCAGUUUUACAUAAAUAAAAAUUGAUAUAAAAACAA